UGCAUCCACACAAUAAGAUAAGAGAGCUCAGCAAGGAAACACUAACGAUGAGAGCCAGAAUGUUCUCGUGGGCUGUUUUUGCAGCCCUUUUGCUUAAUAUUGUACUACUGAUCAACACCGCAAGUGGCUGCCGGGACAACUUGCUUCCGCCAAAACACUCGGCCUUGUUCGUCUUCGGCGAUUCGCUAUUCGAUUCCGGCAACAACAAUUACUUCGAUACUCUCCUUAGAUUCAAAGCUAACUUCUCUCCGUACGGAAAAACCUUUUUUGGUUAUCCCACAGGGAGGGCUACCGAUGGCCGAAUAAUCCCUGAUUUCAUUAGUGAGUAUGCAGGAUUGCCACUGAUUCCACCAUAUUUACAACCUGGUCAAAAGUGGGAGUAUGGCGUAAACUUUGCGUCUAUUGGGGGCGGUGUUCUAGAUGACACUCAUCCAGGUUACGUUAUAAACCUCAGAGACCAGUUGAGAAAUUUCAUGAACGUUGAGCAGCAUUUGAGGGAAAAGCUAGGUGAUGAAGAAGCCAAGGCACUGUUGUCCUCGGCUGUUUACUUAUUUAACAUUGGAAGCAACGAUUAUUUUGCUCCCUUCCAAGAAAACUCAAGGUUCUUCCGGUCACAACACGUUCAAAAAGAAUACAUCGGCAGGCUCAUUGGCAAUUUGACAAACGCUAUCCAAGAAAUAUACAACAAAGGAGGAAGAAAAUUUGCGUUUCUAGGCUUGUCGCCAAUAGGCUGUCUUCCUUGGGUUAGGGCAUUUGAUCCGCCGAGAACAAAUGGCUGCGCGCAAGAACUCGUGGAAAUUGCGAAGCAACACAACAUUGCACUGUCUCAACUUCUCCAAAAGCUAGAGAACCAUCUCAAAGAUUUCAAACACUCAACUCACGACUUCUUCACUUCUUUUAGUGACAGAUCUAACAACCCACGAAAAUACGGUUUCACGGCCGGGAAAAUGGCAUGUUGUGGUUCUGGUAUCUACAGAGGCCUUCCAACUUGUGGAAAAGUCAUGAAUGGCUAUGAUUUAUGUGAGAAUCCACGUGAAUUUCUCUUCUUUGACUCUGGUCACGCCACUGAGAAAGCCAACGAGCAAUUUGCAAAGUUGCUUUGGAGUGGAGACUCGGAUGUUACGUGGCCUUACAAUCUUAAAUCAUUAUUUGAAAUUGAUAAUAAAUGUAGAUCUAAUGUUAGCACCGAAUAGUAGUGUCAUCAAUGCUAUUAAUUGCAAAAAAUAUUGUUUCAUGCGCAUGUAACUGAAAAAAAAAAAAAAAAG